AUGACAGUUCUAAGCGCAGUAAUUAGUACAAAAAGCAAGAUACUUGUAUCUCGACAGUUUAGAAAUAUUAGUAAAUGUGAUUUAGAUUCUUUAACUAUUCCAUUUCAUAAUCUAAUUGAAAGAGAAAGGAGUGAUCAUACUUAUAUAGAGACAGAUAAAGUGAGAUAUGUAUAUCAACCAUUAGAUAGCAUAUAUAUAUUUUUAAUAACAAAUAUAAAUUCUAAUAUAAUAGAAGAUUUAGAAAUAAUAAAAGUGUUGAGUCAAAUAAUACAAGAUAUAUGUCAAGGAAAUAUUAAUGAAAGUACAAUUCUAAAAAAAUGUUUUACUAUAAUUUUUUAUAUCGAUGAGUUAAUUAAAAAUGGAGUUAGAGAAAUCGUAAAUAGUAAUCAGAUAAAAGCAUAUAUUGAAAUGGAAUCUCACGAAGAAAAAUUACAAACAAUAAUUAGAGAAAAUAAAGAAAAAGAAGAAAAAGAAAGAAGAAAAUUUAUAGCUUCAAAAUUGGAGAAAAAUAGGCAAAAGCAAAAUAAAGUUACUACCAAUAGUUUUCCUUCAAAUGAAUAUAUUACUAAUUUAGAUUAUAAUAGUAAUAUAGAUAUAUAUAAAAGUGAAGAACAAUAUAUAAUAGAUGAAAGUUUUAAUACUUAUAAAGGAAUGCAGUUAUCUACUAAAAAAGAGAAUGUUAAAAUAUUAAAUGUUGUUGAUAUUAAAACAGAAAGUAAACCAACUAUAAAUGUAAAUUCUCUUUUUUCUAAACCAAUUAAUAUAGUUAUAACUGAAAAUGUAAUAUGUACAUUAAGUUCUGAAGGAACAUUGUGUGAUUUGGAUAUUCAAGGUACUUUUAAUAUGCAAAUAAAUAAUCAUAAGUAUUCGAAAGUUAUAAUGGAAUUAGAAAAUGACUAUUCAGAAAAAGCUAAAAUUCACCCAAUUUUAGAUAAAAAUAAAUAUAAUUCUAAUAUUCUAGAGCUAAAAGAUAAAAGUAAAAAUUUUCGUACUAACACUAUAUAUCCAUUGCUAAAGUGGAAGAUAAAUUAUUUAAAUGAUUCUUAUAUACCUCUGAAUAUAAGUUGUUGGCCAUGUGAAGAUAAUGAAACAACAUUAUUAAAUUUAGAAAUUGAAAAUAAAAGAAAAAACAAUGAUGAAAUUAUAUAUGACUUAAAUGUUAAUAUAAUGUGUCCAUCUUCUAGUAAUCCACAAAUUAUUAGUAAAGAUAAAGGAGUAAUUGAACAUGAUGGCAUUUUAUUAGCAUGGAGAGUUGAUACAUUAAAGAAUAAUCAAAAUUGUCAAAUAGAAAUUUCUAUUCAAUCAAAACCUGAAAGUAUAUUUCCUUUUUCUGUUGAAGCUAAAUCGAAUAUUUUAUCUCACAAAUUAAAUGUUUUAAAGGUUUAUGAUGAAGAUACAAAAGAAAACAUAGAAUAUGAAUUAAAAAAAAAUAUAACAUAUCUUUUUACUAUAAAUAAAUAA